CUCGCUCAGGCGGGUUGGGAGCUGAGCUUCCUCCACUCAGGGCUGCAGCGCGCGGCGGAGUUUUUCUUCCGCCUCCGCAAUUCAGAGGCGGACGAGGGGCGAGCGGAAGGUGCAGCGAGAACCGAGGCAGGACGCGGCCGGCGCGGGCCAUGUCGCUGUGGGGGGAACCGCUGCAGGCCCCGCCGCCCUCGGCGGCGCCCUCCGGGCCGUCGUUCGCCCUUCCGGCGGGCGCGACCCUCAACCGCCUGCGGGAGCCGCUGCUGCGGAGGCUCAGCGAGAGCUUGGACCGCGCGCCCGAGGGCCGGGGCUCGCGGCUGGCCGAGCUGGCGGGCAGUCGGGGGCGCCUCCGGCUCAGUUGUCUGGACCUGGAGCAAUGUUCUCUUAAGGUUUUGGAGCCUGAGGGAAGCCCAAGUCUCUGUUUACUGAAACUAAUGGGUGAAAAAGGAUGUACAGUAACAGAAUUGAGCGACUUCCUGCAGGCUAUGGAACAUACUGAAGUUCUUCAGCUUCUUAACCCCCCAGGAUUAAAAAUUACUAUACACCCAGAAUCAAAGGCAGUCUUGGCUGGACAGUUUGUGAAACUGUGUUGCCGGGCAACUGGACAUCCUUUUGUACAAUAUCAAUGGUUCAAAAUGAAUAAAGAGAUUCCAUAUGGAAAUGCAUCAGAACUAAUUUUUAACACGGUACAUGUAAAAGAUGCAGGUUUUUAUGUCUGUCGAGUUAAUAAUAAUUUCACCUUUGAAUUUAGCCAGUGGUCACAGCUGGAUGUUUGUGAUGUGACAGAAGUAACAGAAAGCUUUAGGGGAAAUGUGGAUGGCAUCUCAGAAUCCAAGUUGCAAAUCUGUAUUGAACCAAGGUCCCAAAAGCUGGUUCCAGGCAGCACAUUGGUUUUGCAGUGUGUUGCCAUUGGAAGCCCUAUUCCUCACUACCAGUGGUUCAAAAAUGAAUCACCAUUAACACAUGAGACAAAAAAGCUAUACAUGGUGCCUUAUGUGGAUUUGGAACAUCAAGGAACAUACUGGUGUCGUGUGUAUAAUGACCGAGACAGUCAAGAGAGUAGGAAGGUAGAAAUCAUCAUAGGAAGAACAGAUGAGGCAGUGGAGUGCACUGAAGAUGAAUUAAAUAAUCUUGGGCAUCCUGAUAACAAAGAGCAAACAACUGACCAGCCUUUGGCAAAGGACAAGGUUGCUCUUUUGAUAGGAAAUAUGAAUUACUGGGAGCACCCCAAGCUGAAAGCUCCUUUGGUGGAUGUGUAUGAAUUGACCAACUUACUAAGACAGCUCAAUUUCAAAGUUGUUUCAUUGUUGGAUCUUACUGAAUAUGAGAUGUGUAACGCUGUUGAUGAGUUUUUACUACUUUUAGACAAAGGAGUAUAUGGGUUAUUAUAUUAUGCUGGACAUGGUUAUGAAAAUUUUGGGAACAGCUUCAUGGUUCCUGUUGAUGCUCCAAAUCCAUAUAGGUCUGAAAAUUGUCUGUGUGUACAAAGUAUACUGAAAUUAAUGCAAGAAAAAGAAACUGGACUCAAUGUGUUCUUGUUGGACAUGUGUAGGAAAAGAAAUGACUAUGAUGAUACCAUUCCAAUCUUGGAUGCACUAAAAGUCACUGCCAAUAUUGUGUUUGGAUAUGCCACGUGUCAAGGAGCAGAAGCAUUUGAAAUCCAGCAUUCUGGACUGGCAAAUGGAAUCUUCAUGAAAUUUUUAAAAGAUAGAUUAUUAGAAGACAAGAAAAUUACUGUGUUACUAGAUGAAGUUGCAGAAGAUAUGGGUAAAUGUCACCUUACCAAAGGCAGACAGGCUCUAGAGAUUCGAAGCAGUUUGUCUGAAAAGAGAGCACUCACUGAUCCAAUUCAGGGGACAGCUUGUUCUGCAGAAUCUCUGGUGCGGAAUCUGCAGUGGGCCAAGGCACAUGAACUUCCAGAAAGUAUGUGUCUUAAAUUUCAAUGUGGUGUUCAGAUUCAAUUAGGAUUUGCAGCAGAGUUUUCCAAUGUCAUGAUAAUCUAUACAAGUAUAGUCCACAAACCACCUGAGAUAAUAAUGUGUGAUGCUUAUGUUACCGAUUUCCCACUUGACCUAGAUAUUGAUCCAAAACAUGCAAAUAAAGGGACUCCUGAAGAAACUGGCAGCUAUUUAGUAUCAAAGGAACUUCCCAAGCACUGCCUCUAUACUAGACUCAGUUCACUGCAGAAACUAAAGGAACAUUUGAUCUUCACAGUAUGUUUAUCUUAUCAGUACUUGGGACUGGAAGACACAGUGGAGGAGAAGCAGGAAGUGAAUGUGGGAAAGCCUCUUAUUGCUAAGUUAGACAUGCACCGAGGUGUGGGCAGAAAGACUUGCUUUCCAACGUGUCUUAUGUCAGAUGCUCCUUACCACAGCACCACACCCACCUCAGGGGUAGCAGGCCAUUAUCAUUCAUCUCAAGACUCAUUCCAUGGUGUCUACCAUUCACAUCUUGCUAAUUCAGACAGUGUUAUGCCACCAGACAGGUGUCAUUGCAGCCGGACUCCAAAUGCCUUUAUUUCAAGUUAUCCCACCCACCACUACUCAUGUCAGUUUGGUAGAAGUAACGUGCCAGUUGAGACAACUGAUGAAAUGCCAUUCAGUUUCUCUGAUAGGCUCAGAAUUUCUGAAAAGUGACCUUGUUUUUGAAAAUUAGUCUAAUUGCUGGUUACCUCAUGUGAAUAAAAUGAGGCAUUGUGAAAAGACAAAUAUGUAUAUAUAGAAAGAAAAUGUUCAACAACUGAUUCAUCAUAGGCUCAAGACUUUGAGAUGUUGUAAUCAUAAUAUUUAAUCACAGACUUCCUCUUAACUCUUUUUUUCUCUUUUAAGACUGAGAAUUGCUUAGUUCUGUAAGAAUGAAAUAUGGUAUUUGAGAAUGUAGCUCAGUGGUAGAGCACUUACCUAGCAUGUGUGAAGCUAGUAUCCCCACCACUGGAAAAAAAAAAAAAAA